GGAAGACAGAAAGACACCGGGAGCGUUCCAUCGUGAUUGUCCCCAGGUCUCUUUCCAUCCGUCCUUGCUGCUUGUUGGUCCCCAUCGCUGUUCGUUGCCUGUUCGGCCUGGGCUCAUGGAUGCUUUCCUGCUGGUUGCUCGGUUGACUGAAAUCGUGACGCACAAAGAAGAACCUAGUAAUGAGUGAUCUCGCCCUGACAGCAGGCCCGGCCUUGCCCAGAAUCCAUUCCUUCCGUCCGUCCUCUGUAGUACUUUAUAACCACCACGUCCUCCCUCCCCUCCAUCUCCCUUUUGCUUGCUUCAUUCCAAACCAGUGAAAACCAACGACUUCUCCAAUCGAGAAUUCAACGACGACGAUACCCAAACGAACAACUAUUCCAUAAACCUACUACACGAUACCAACCGCCAUCAUGUCUCUUCACUAUCUCCCCCCCGUCAAGCCCUCGGCCAUUGCCCUCGGCACCAUCUUCAACCAUGCCACCGAGCUGGCCAUCAUGACCCCCCUCUUCGGCCAGACCUACCAGCGCGCCAAGAUCUCCAACAGCAAGGAGGAGUUCAUCAAGUCGCGCGAGGCCACCUCGGCCGUCAUGGCCUGGGGCUCUUCCCUCGUCGGCUCUGCCCUGCAGUCGUACGGCAUUGGCGCUCUCAUCAACGCCACCGGCACCCUCAGCUACCGCGGCGCCGCCUACCUCGGCGGUCUCAUCUUCGCUGCCACCUCUGCUCCCGGUUUCAUCUCUGAGUUCUUCGUUGAGAAGCGCGCCUUUGAGACUGUCGGCAUCAACGUCCUCGCUAAGCUGUUUGAGACUGUCGGCCUUUCCGUCUUCCUUACCUGGUGGGGAACGCGCACCAACCCUUUUGAGUACGCCUCUGCUACCUCCGGAUCGCCUACUCUCGGCCGGACAAGCUGGCGUGCCGAGUAAAGGGUCCUUUUUUGAGUAAGAGGAACUCUGGUAUGGUUUAAUGAAGUUAAUGAUAAUGGGGAACUUGAGUAUCGCACCUACAAUUUGGAGUGUGGGCGUGUUCCUGGGCAUUUCCUGUUUUUUUUCUUGGUACCCUCUGUAUUGUAUCAAGCUAUUAGCAUAGUAUCAGCAUUCCUGAGAUGAAUGGAAGACGCUGGCGAUAACUCACUAUUUGGCUCGUGUGCUUGUUGUCUGCUGGUGACCAGGAGUUGUCUUGCAUCUGAUUGAG